AUGGCGCUCAGGCCUCUUCUGCUUUUGGCCCUUGCCUCUUCUGUUUUUUGCAUCCCUUCAGACCAGUGAGUUGAAAAAAAUUUUUCAGUGAAAAAGAGAUGACAACGUUAAAAAAAGGAAAAAAAAAUUUUGAUUCAUAUUUCGCUCACAUACAAAAAAUUCUGAAAAUUUCAAAAACAUUUCUCUUCGUUUUGUUGGAAAAUUUCUUUUUACCACGGGCUUGGUUGUCAAAAAUGAGCUUUUUACCACAAUAAGAAAUGGAAGUUAAGAUUUCUCUGUUGUUCUCCUAAAUAAGGGCAAGUAGCGUUUUUUGUCAUAAAAAUGUCGUCAGAUGAUAUUAUUUCACAUUUCAUCUGCGUAAAUAUUGUUCUUUCAAGAAAUCACAUCAUUUAAUCUUGAUAGAGAGACCAUUUAGAUCAUUUUUAACCAAUCUGAGAUGUUUUCAGGCAACAUUGUUACGGCUUAGAAUGUGAAUCGAAAGAAGCUCUUUUGGACAUCAUCAGAAACUUCCAAGAAGAGAAACACGCUGAGUACAAUGCUCCACGCAACAAUCCUGCCUUCAAAAGAACGGCUACUGUGAACAAUUUCUUGGACGCAAUUGGAAUCGAAUCUGCGGCACCUGCUCCCACCAACUGCAACAUCUGCAGCGACCCUAGCAAAUGUAUUAACGGAGGUACCUGCGUACCUGACCCAAGAAAUCCGUUCGGCUCGUACUAGUGAGUUUUUUUGUUAAAAACCUAAAAAAAGAAGGUAAUUUUAUUCGGUUUGAACAUUUUUUUCUAGAAGGAGCCAAAAAAAUUUUUUUCGCAAGGUUGAACUGUUUCCGUUGAGAAGUUUCUAACUUCUUUUUUAAUUUUCUUGUUGGAAAUCAACCUCUUUUCGGAGACUUUUAGAAUUUUCUCCCAGCUUUCCUUUUGAGCAAUUUGUUUUCCAGUUGCCUCUGCCCAGACAACGCUACUGGCCAAAACUGCCAGAAAACGAUUGGCUGCAAAGAAAACAGCUGCGGACCAAAUACGAACUGCUUCGUGCAGAAUCAUCAACUGAACUGUGUUUGCAAGCCUGGAUACAGCGGUGAGAUCUCAAUAUCCCAUCAAAUCCGAUAUUCAGUGGAAAAUGAAGAAUUCUUGUUUUAGGAGCGUAUCCAAAAUCUUUGGGAUGUACUGCCAAAACCGUUCAGUCCUGCUGUAAUGGCGAUCCACAUUGCACUACUUUCGACGGCCUCCACUACGACUACCAAGGUUUUUCUCUCUGUUGAACUGCAACCGAUGAAAAAUCUUCUAGGAACAUGUCCUUACGUUUUUUCCCAGCCCUGCAAAACCCUCUCGGCACCCUACUCCUACUACUCUGUUCGUGCCAAGAAUGAACUCGUGUAUCCUGGCGCUCAGUAAUAUUUUUCUCAAAUUUGAACCAAUAGUGAAAAAGAAAUUUCCAGCGUCGCUUCGGUUUCUGAAGUAGAAGUUGACUUUUACAAUCGCACCAUUCAUAUUGACGGCCGUUCAAAAUGGGUUUUGGUAGAUGGUCUGCAAGUUCGCCUUCCUUGGUACUACCCGAACAAAAAGAGCCCUCAGGUUAGUAUUUUCUGCCUUGUAAAACUAUCUUUUUUGUUCGAGUAUCAAGACUUUUGAUUAUCAAACAUCGUUUGCAAUAAAAAUCGGAAAAAAUGAAUUUAACAAUCGGAAAAACAAUGACACAUUGAAACUACAGAUCACGGUGACGUACAGCGGCUACACAUUCUAUGUUUACAACGAUCAGAACGUCAGAGUAACUUUCACUACCUCAGGAAUCGUCUGCGUUCAGGUGAGCAUCUGAGGAAGUUCGAUGCUUAUAAUAAUUUACUACAUAGGUUCCGGACGUUGCCGCUUUCACCGGUCAGCCGACGCUCUGCGGAUUGGCUGGUAACCGGGAUGGAAACUACAAAAACGAUGUCGUCAACAAGUUAACUUGUUCUAAAGUCCAUAUAAACCUAGAAAUCGUUCAGGAAUGGCUCAAUUUACCCGGUCAACAGCAGAUAUACGCCUUCCCAAGGAGCCGGUUUCACUGGUUUCCUUCACACUGAAGUGAAUAGAACUGUCUUUUCUGAUAAAAAACUUGAUCGCAGGAUUCCUGGAUCACUGAUAAUUUCUUGAAACUGCGUACCGGCCAAGAAGUUUGCGUUACCGGCGAAAUCAUAAACAACAACACCCAAUGCGUAAGGAGCUACUCAGUUGCUUGCGAUACAGCAGUGAUUUCUCAUUUUUCUUGAAAUUUCAUCAACUUCUCAAAAGAAAAAACAAGAAAAUGUAAGUCGAGAUUUGAGGAUGCCGAGAAAGCCGCUCGUUCUUGCAACCCGAUUUUGCAAGCCGCAGCUGGUCAAGGACCUUUCGCUCUUUGCAGCGCUUUAUCCAACGACACGAUCACUGUAAAAACUUCAAGCAUACAAGCAUUCUUUCAUAUUUUUAGGACCUCUACAAUGAUUGCGUCUACGACGUUUGCCGAAAUCCGCCCUUCAUUUGUUCCGCGCUCUAUUCCUUUGUUCAAACUUGCCAAGCCUCAGUUCCAAGUGAGUUCUGAAAAGAUGGCCAUUUCAAACUCAUUCAAAAAAAAUUUUUUCUUAUAGAUCUGAUAACAUUCAGAAAGUUUGAAUGACUCGCUAGAUUAAAGCCAGUAAACUGAAGCGAUGUUUCGCAAGGAAGCUUUUCUUUUUUUUUCAAAUCAGACCGAAAAAGGUCAAAACCUUCAGAAAGACCCUCAUGAAGAAAUCGAAAAGUUGGAAGUCUUCCACUCGACUAAUUUCAGCAUCAGCGAAUUUCAAAUUCUGAAAAAAUGUUCAUAUUUCAGUAGUCGAUAGUGUACAAUCUUGAAAGCUUUUAAUUUAAUACACUAUAAGGGAAUCCAAAAAAAAUACAAUCUAUUAUAAAAAUGUUCUCCUAGUAGCCCUAUUCCAAUUUAUUCAAGAGUAACAAAGUCUUUUCUGUACCAUAUUGAGUAUAAAUGUAUUAAAUUUAGCUGGAAACUUCGGAAGUUGGCGCACAGACACGGGUUGCGCUCUCGCCUGUCCUUUGAACUCCCACUACAGCUCUUGUGCAAGCUCCUGUCCUGCUUCAUGCUACAAUCCGUACCCAGAAGACUGCGACCAAGGUUUAGAUCACCAAUUAUUCCUAACAACUUGAAGAAGUUGUGCCUUCAGGUUGCGCUGACGGAUGUACAUGUGAUUAUGGAUUUGUCAUGGACAACACGGUGACUUCCGUUCUCCGAUGUAUUCCGAUUCAGCAAUGUGGUUGCGUUGAUCAGUACGGAUAUUCUCAUCCAGGUUAGUUAUCUGAGUUAUAAAAAUACUAUUAAAUAAACUUAUUCGCAGCUGGAGCUCCUUGGAUCUCAGACAACUGCACGAUUUGGCACGAAUGUCAGAACGGAUCUUACUAUAGCGAGGUGAAAAGAGCUCAGGCUCUUGGAAACUGUUUUUUUAUCUUUUAGUAUCGUCCUUGUGGCCAAUACAGUAACUGUGAAGUGGUCGAUUUGAACCAGAGAUGUAAUUGUCUUCCCGGAUUCACGGGAGAUGGCUACAACUGUACAGACAUCAACGAGUGUCUUAAUCCCGCUAGUUGCAGCGUCAACAAGGGUCAAGGAAUUUGCACCAACACACCAGGUUUUUGUUUUCAAAAGGUUUUCUAAACAUUUUAAUGGUGUUUCAAAUUGAAAAAGUCCGUUGAAGUUUUCAUGAAGUCAUGAAACAGUAGUAUGUAAUCCUUUGAUGAAUUUUUCUUUUGAAAUAAUAUCCGCAAAUAGAGAAAAUUAAUUUUCUCAGCUUUCCAAAUUUUUUUUCAAUGAAAAAAACAUAUUAAAUUGCUUGAAUGAAAAAAAGUAUAUUUGGCAAAAGAAUCAAGAUCUAUGAAAACAUAUAAAGCUGCUUCUAUCAAUAAAAAAAGAGUUUCCUAUUUUUGAGAUUAAUUAGAAAAAAAUUAAUAUGCGGUUCAUAGUAGAUUUUAAGAUUGUUUUUGUUCUCCUCUGUUCAAAAAAACUCUUUUUCUUUUUUUGACUAAAAAUCAAAGUAAAGAUUUUUCAGGAUCUUAUUCCUGUGCCUGCAAGGAGUACUACACCGGCCGUAACUGCGAACUUUACAUGCCCAGACGUCACUGCGCUGAUCUCUACCAUUACUGGAGCUUCAAAACGAGCGGCGUCUACAUGUUGGUUCAAAAAGGUCCGAAUAUUUCAAGCUGCUUUUUCAGAAUAAACCCUCCCUAUUCCGUUAAUGGUCUUCCACCCUUCUCAAACUACUCUGUCUAUUGCGACAUGGACACAGGUUGAGACCGAAUCGUAUUCUUGGAUUCAUUGGAAGUAUCAUAACAGAUGGCGGUGGCUUCACUUUGAUGUCGUUCGAUGACGGUAACGCCAACGUGAACAAAUCGUACCAACAAUAUGUCAAUGGUAUGAUGAGAAAUCGCUUGAUCGUAACAACUGGGAACUCAAUCAGGGUUCGGCGACCCGAGUACGCAGAAGCUUUGGCUCGGCUUGGACUUGAUUCAUGGAAUGACGAUUCUCGAGCCGCACACGUUCGAUCAAAAAUCAAACUAUUAAAAAUUAUGAUUUUUGAAGGCUUCGACUGACUUUACAUCGCUGUGCUAACAACGGGUUCCCAGCUAAAACGACGGAUUGUACCUACGGAUCAUUCAAAGUCCUCGGACCUGAAACGCAAUACUCCGUUGUCAUACCAAAGGUAUAACCUAGAAAUUCGUAAAAAAAUUAUUCAUGUUUUGAAAUUGAGGCGUGCACCGGAUCAGAAUCAGUCGCCAACUAUUACCAGGACGGAUGGGCGCGAUGGACCCUUAGCGGCAUUGGUCCCAAGUUUUCCGCUUAUGAUCAAGAAAAUUCCAAAGGUGAGAAUUCAGUUCUCCAUCAGCUUGAAGAUUUUUUUUCAGAUUUCCUUUGCUCGAAAACUUUCCAAAACACUGGUUUUUGGUUCGACACCACGAUUCGCUGUGGAUCUGCCAACCUCAACGGAGUUUAAAAAAACAAUCAUUUGAGAAAUUACUUUUUUCUGUUUGCAGGUACGGUUCAGUUGUGACAACAUUCCUUCAACCUAUGAAUCUUACUUGUCUUGGGCUGGAGACCCACUUGGGCAGGCGACCUUGUUGCUGCGACCAGCAGGAUACCCCAACUACGAUAACUAA